AGAGAGAGAGAGAGAGAGAGAGAGAGAGAGAGAGAGAGAGAGAGAGAGAGAGAGAGAGAGCAGCAGUACGCAAAAGCCCCGGGAGAACACACACCCACCCCCCACGCAAACAUACACACACACACAUACAGUCAGUCGAACCGAGAGUCAGUCUCCGUUCCGCUGCUGUGGUUUGGAGUUUAAACGCGUCCGUGUGAACGAGUCGUGGAUUAUUACGCGGAUAACGCGGGGAACCAUGAGCUGGGGAACCGAGCUAUGGGAUCAGUUUGAUAACCUAGAAAAGCAUACGCAGUGGGGAAUAGACUUUGUGGAAAAAUACACCAAAUUCGUGAAGGAAAGAUCAGAGAUCGAGCUUAACUAUGCAAGACAGAUCAGGAAUCUGUCCAAGAAAUACCAGCCUAAGAAGAAAGAUGAAGAUGAAAAUAAGUACACGUGGUGUCGGUCGUUUCAUUCGACGCUGAAUGAGAUGAACGAUUAUGCCGGCCAACAUGAGGUCAUCGCUGAGAACAUGACAUCACAAAUCAUCGCUGACCUGACGCGAUACACGCAGGAACUCAAAUCAGAGAGGAAAGCGUAUUUCCAUGAUGGGCGGAAAGCACAGCAACAAAUUGAAUCCAGUUGGAAGCAGUUGGAGGCUUGCAAGAGGAAGUUUGAGCGGGAGUGUAAAGAGGCCGACCGAGCUCAGCAGUAUUUUGAGAAGUUGGACGCAGAUAUCAAUGUGACAAAAGCAGAUGUGGAGAAGGCACGUCAACAAGCACAGAUGAGACACCAGAUGGCUACUGACAGCAAGAAUGAAUAUUCCUCGUACCUGCAAAGAUUCAACCAGGAACAGAACGAACAUUAUUACACCAUCAUCCCCAGUGUUUUCCAGAAGAUCCAGUUGAUGGAGGAGAAGAGGAUAGAGAGAAUCGGCGAAUCGUUGAAAACGUACGCGGAGGUGGACCGACAGAUUCUGCCCAUCAUCGGGAAAUGUCUGGAUGGAAUGACACAGUCGGCCGAAUCCAUCGAACCCAAGACUGACUCAUCUCAGGUGAUAGAAUCAUAUAAAUCUGGCUUUGAGCCUCCAGGAGACGUGGAGUUUGAAGACUACGGUCAGGCGAUGAAGAGAACGGUGUCUGAGACGAGCCUCACUAACUCACGCUCGGACAGCAAAGUAGAUCGCUCCAGCAAGGGCAAGACUAAAACUCUCUGGCCUUUCAAGAAAAACAAGCUUAUGUCCCUGUUAACGUCCCCCAUACCCCGCCAGGCCCCCCCUGACCCUCCCUCACCUUCUGCUGUGACCCCUGACCCCUGCCCCACUCCUCAGACCCCCAAACAGUCCAAGGAGCCCCUGUCCCACCGAUUCAACGACCUCAUGACCUCCAAGCCCAAAAUGCACUGCCUCAGGAGCCUCCGGCGAGGGUCUGCCCAGUCUCUAUAUUAUAAUAAAGAGAUAAUGAAGAGGACUCUCGGCCGGCCUACAUAUGCGUUUGAGGCCAGGCAGUAUGUUCUGUCUCUGAAGCUGCUCUCACUCAAUGCCCACGUGCGGAACCUUAUUGAGGGUUCAACUCCUGAGGAUUUUAGUCAUUUGCCUCCAGAACAGAGAAGAAAGAAACUUCAGGCUAAGAUAGACGACAUCAAUAAAGACAUACAGAAAGAGAUGGAUCAAAGAGAUGCUUUGACUAAAAUGAAGGAGGUUUAUGUGAAGAACCCACAGAUGGGGGAUCCUAACAGCGUAGAUCCCCGGUUAGCAGAGAUCGCCAACAACAUUGAUAAACUGCAGAUGGAGGCUCAGAAGUUUGAGGGCUGGUUAGCGGAGGUAGAAGGAAGGAUGCCAGUGAAGAGUGACCCUCCGAAGAGGACGAGUGUCCUGUUUGAGACCCAAAACAGUACACCACCCACUAACAACAACUGUGCACAGGACCGAGAGAGCAGUCCGGAUGGCAGUUAUACAGAGGAACAGAGUUCUGAGGUCCAGAAUAAAGUCCAACCAGAACCACCGGAGUUUGACGAGUUUGAUGAUGCAGAUGAAGACAUGCUACCGACCAUCGGCACCUGCAAAGCCAUUUAUCCGUUUGAAGGUCACAAUGAAGGUACCAUCGCAGUGACAGAGGGUGAGCUGCUGUACGUUAUAGAGGAAGAUAAAGGUGACGGAUGGACGCGUGUUAGGAGAAAUGAGGAAGAGGAGGGUUACGUCCCCACAUCUUACGUCGAAGUCUUUCUGGACUCCAGCGCCAAAGAGCUUUUUUCUUGGAGAAGGAUUUAUCUUCCUGAGGAUUCGUAAAGUUUGGAAGGAGGACUCAGUGGUGCAGGGCAAACAGCAACCACAUGUGGGGAAAACUACAGCCAACACUUCAUGGCCAACCUAGAGUGACACAGAGAGAGAGAGAGAUUAUAAAGGUCUCUCGGCCUAAAGGCGUUUGUAAAUCUCCUGCUGUAGAAAAGAACAGCAAAUCAGAGGAAUGAGAAAUAUUAUGACAUUAGAUUUAUUACCUGUUUGUUAUUUUAUAAUAAGGUGAAUUUGAUCUGCGCAUCAUUUUGCUUUACGGCUGAGCUUCGCUGAACAGUGCUAAAUUUGUUUCGGCUCGUGCGCGCGCGUGUGUGUGUGUAUGUUUGUAUCUGUCUUGUUUGUGUGUCCCUGAUCUGUCCCAAACUAAAAUCCACAAUGAACCAUUAAAUGUGGCCUGUUAAAGGAAAUAAACCCUCAGUACCACAUCCAAAACAAGUGUUUUUUCUUCGGUGAGAAGUACAGUAUAAAGAAACAAAUUAUAAUUGGGUUGUAAAUGCCUGUAAGGAUGUAUGAUCCUAUACAUAAAAUUGACUCAUUCUGGAAGUCUGCUCCUUUAUCAGGCCACACCCCUUUAUACUCUUUAAGGCGGGGCUUCGCUGACCAACAGCAUGUCUGCUUGCCCUGGCACCUCCUCUGUCUCCGCCCUUCCAGUGCACUUACUCAAACCUUAUUUGUUUGUUAACCGUUCAUCAUUUCUUACUCCACUUUUACUUUCGUCAUGACAUGAUUUACAUUUUCCUUCAUCCAGUGAUUUCUUUAUCCGUCCAAUCGCUGCUCGGCAAACUCAAGCAAGCACUGUUUUCAUUUGCUGGAUGAUGAAAUGGCUUUUUUCUGUUAACACAUGAUAGAUACAUACAUGAAUAUGGUGACCUGUUGAAAUAGGUAUGUAUUUAUCGUGAUGUUCAUGGUUUUACCCUGUGGAGUACCCAGUUGAGAAUCAUUGUUUUAUCAGGUUUCAUUUACCUGGGAUCUUAUGAUGGUUUUUAAUGUAUCCUGAGCCAAAUGUACAGGUUAACCAGACGAUUGAUGUGCAGCGGGUGCGUGGCCUUCAUAUCUUAACCUGAAUUUGAGGUUUUUAAUUAAAUCAUUUUUUUUUAUUGUACUUACUAUGGUUUGACAGUUUUCUUUCCUGUAAUGUCUAUGAAGAGAUUUGUAUUAUUUCAAUGACUACUCGUCACUUCUUGAGGCACAUAAUCAUUUUUAUAUUUCUUAUAUAUAUAUUUGUUUAAUUGUCACACCCAAGUUGGUUCAGGAGAGGUUUUAGGAUGACUAAGUCUAAUAAUAUUAUUCUCAUGCCACGAAACUGCUAUUUAAAGUUGAGGAAGAUCUUUUCUUGUGCUGAAAUAUGCUUUUCUAACCUAGCUAAAGCAUCUGCAUGUGACUCUAUUAUGACAUCUUAAACCGCUCUGUUUGUUUGAGCAUCCCGUCCUGUUCGACAUACGGUGCGACUUUGGGCGCGGCGGUCUGUUUGUCCAAACAAUAGAGUUAAGUGUUGAGGAAAUCGUUGCGAAAAACAUUACUUUUGCAAUUCCGUUAGGCUUUAAAAAUACACAUUUCACAUAUAAUGCUGAAAGCUUUUAUUUUCGAUUUAGUUAUUUUAUGUUGAAUGAAUUGCACAGCCUCAACAUAAAAUAAUUAUUUGGGUAACAUAACUGACUGACUCGCCAUUAAUGAAACUGUAAAUACGAAGAAGUGUAAGUAAAGAGAAAGUUAUGAAAAAUAAAUAAUAAGACUUGUCUUCCAAACACAAGUUUCUAUUUGAGAUCACACAAUGAUUGCGAGCAUUUCCACUUUUUGAGCCCAUGGUUACAUGCCGUUUUCAGUCACUUUAUGGCAAAAAUACAAACUGUUGUUUCUGUAAGAGAAGAUAUCUCGGCCUCUAUGACAUGAAAUCAGUUGCCCUGUCCCGCAUUCGCUCUUUUGGCCUACAAAACACCAUUCCCAAAUAAGAGAAUUAUAAAUAUAUGUGUAUAUCUAUAAGUACAUGUCUAUAAAUAAGAGUGAACUACCAAACCAUGGUAAGAGUCUAUUUUUAAAUUUUGAUGAAUAAAAGUGUCCCAGCUUCUUUUUUCUGCUUUGCUAAAUUAAAUAACCUUUUUUUGAUGGGAUCUGCCAACUGUUUGUUUUGCACUUUUUUGUUUGUUUGUUAUGCUUGUGUUUUUGAGCACUGAAUACUUUGUAUGUGUUAACUGUGCCAAUUAAAAAUAGAUGGGAAAAUCAAA